GAGGAAAGCCAGCCUGCUAUGCAGGGUUUGAACGAGAACCGCGCCAUCGUCCUUGAUGGGGUCUCAAGCUGCGAUUUUGAUCAGUUCCUUAAACUUUUGUAUUCCCAGCCCAUUCCGCUGGAUAUCGACACCAACACUGCUAGGACCAAGCUGGGUUUAUCGGUACACGAAUGGAUGGCGGCGCUCAAGAUUUCACAUCAUUUAUGGAUGAUGAAAAUUCAUCAACUUUCUAUUGACUGCAUGACCGAUGUGGCGAUGGAUCCGGUGGACAAAGCAGCGAUGGCCCUUGAAUACGGCAUCGAAUCGUGGCUGAAGCCGUCUUUGAACGAGCUUGCGAGGCGGCCCCAACCCAUGACAAGGGCGGACGCGGACCGGCUGGGCAUCGAUGUUAUUCUGAAGAUGGCGGAGGUACGGGAGUCCAUC